CCGGACUUUUAUCCCUGAUCGCACCGCGGAUAGCCCUCCUGACUACCCGCCGACUGCUACCCUGCUAACUAGCCGCCGCUCCGCAGCUGGUGGCUAACAGCUAGCCACAGUUAGCUCCCUGCUAACUCCCGCAAAUCACGGACCGUUGUCCCUCCACCAACUCCUCUCUCCUCUCCUCUGUCAUGCUGUGGAUCGUCGCGCUGUGCCUGUCUCUCCAUCUCUGGCCAACAAGUGUGCAGCCGUCGGCCAACGAUCCCAGGCUAACAUCCACCACUGCCAGCAUGCUACUCAAAUACUCCGCUCUGCAACUCCUCAAACUCAACAACCACGCCACCAUUCCUCCAGACAUCACAGCAACCAUCAAAACACACGGACUGUUUCGCCGACCCAGAUACAUCCACAGAAGCUCCCGCAGAAAGUUUAUUUACUCCCGGACUGAACAACAUUGCAUCCCAUCACUCUGGUCACGCAACCGAUCCACCCCCAGUGACGUCACACGUCAUCACAAUAACAAACCACAUGUGCGCUCUGCCUAUCUACAACCGUUAACCAAAGCUCCCCCACCCAUCCAACUUCACCCAUCCCUCAAAUUCGCUCUGCUCAAUACCCGCUCACUCAAUAAAAAAGGACCAAUACUCAGUGAAUUCAUAACUGACAACAACAUAGACUUUUUCAGCAUAACCGAAACCUGGCAAAAACCACUGGAAUACAUUCACCUCAACAGAGCUACACCCCCAGGAUACACCUACAUGGACAAACCACGUGACGGUCGUGGUGGCGGUAUAGCCACAAUAUACCGCCAACAUUUGAAACCCACUGCUGUAACCAUCACCACCCCCUCCUCCUUUGAGCACCAGUCAUUCAAGCUGCCUGGCCCCAAACCCCUGGUCACUGCAAUCAUCUACCGCCCCCCCAAACCCAACCCUGCAUUCCUUUCCGAUCUCUCUGAAUUUCUCACCCAACUCUGUGCCAUCUCACCUUCAGUCAUCCUACUGGGAGAUUUCAACAUUCAUGUCGAUUCCACCACCUGCAAAACUGCCACUGAAUUUCUGGACAUUCUCAACUCAUUUAAUAUCACUCAACACGUUGACUUCCCCACCCACAAAAAAGGACAUACCCUGGACUUAAUUUGCACCACUGGACUCUCCAUCAGCAACCUCACCAGCUUCAACCUCACAGACAUCCUCUCAGACCACCUGGCCCUCACCCUGGACAUAGACAUCCCCACCCCCCUGAUCAAGCAGCAACGCUCCAUGUCAUAUCGGAACACGAAAUCAAUCCACCCCCCCUCUCUUUCCCUCAACUCCUCAAACCCAUGGACACCACCACCACCUCAUUCACUACCAGCAAAUGUGAAGAAUUUUUAUCAUUUUUUCAAUCAAAAAUCAACACCAUCCACACUGAACUGGCCGCCUCCUCUCCCACCUCCUCCCCUACCCCCGACCAUGCCCCCCCCUUUACUCUCCAACCACCCACUCAACUUCUUCUCCGAAACCGCCACAGCUGACCUAUCCUCCAUAACUUCUGGUAUGAAAGCCUCCACCUGCAUCCUCGACCCAAUCCCAUCCACUUUAGUCAUAGCCUGCCUCCCCUCACUCUCACCUCUCAUCACCACUAUAAUUAACUCCUCCCUAUCUACUGGCUCUGUCCCUCCUGCCCUCAAGCUGGCUGCCAUCACCCCCAUUCUCAAGAAACCCGGUCUCGACCCCAACUCCCCCAACAACUACAGGCCCAUCUCCAACCUCCCCUUCCUCUCUAAAAUUCUCGAACGUGCAGUUGCCUCCCAAAUUAAAUCCCACCUUCACCACAACAACCUAUACGAAACGUUCCAAUCCGGCUUCCGCUCACUCCACAGCACAGAAACUGCCCUCCUCAAGGUCACCAACGACAUCCUCCUCUCCGCCGACUCUGGUUCCCUCUCCAUCCUCAUCCUCCUCGACCUCAGUGCUGCCUUCGACACCAUCAACCACUCCAUCCUCCUAUCUCGCCUCCACUCCUCCCUUGGUUUAUCCGGCACUGCCCUCUCCUGGAUGAAAUCCUACCUCUCUGACCGUCAGCAAUUCAUUUCAAUCAACAACUGCACCUCCUCCACUGCCCCAGUCACCCACGGUGUCCCCCAGGGCUCAGUACUUGGCCCCUUACUCUUCACCAUCUACCUCCUACCCCUCGGUCAGAUCCUCCGCCACCACGGCCUUCAAUUUCACUGCUAUGCCGACGAUACACAACUGUACCUUUCCACCACGACCAUCACCACAGCCACCCACUCCACCCUCACCACCUGUCUCACAGACAUAAAAACCUGGAUGCAAAAUAACUUUCUAAAACUCAACUGCAAAAAAUCUGAAAUAAUCAUCAUUGGCCCCGACUCCCUCACUCGCUCCACUCAGGACUUUUCACUAAACAUCGACGGCUCCCUUGUCACUACCUCCACCCACAUCCGCAAUCUAGGUGUAAUUUUCGACCCUACCCUCUCAUUCCUCCCCCACGUAAACCACAUCACCAAAACUGCAUUCUUCCACCUCAGAAACAUUGCCCGUCUCCGGCCCUCCCUCACAUCCUCUGCUGCCGAAACCCUCAUCCACGCCUUCAUCUCAUCCCGAAUAGACUACUGCAACAGCAUCCUCUACGGCAUCACCUCCAAAACCCUCAACAAACUGCAAUAUGUCCAGAACUCCGCUGCCCGCCUGCUCACCGGAACCCGCUCCAGAGAGCACAUCACACCUGUCCUUUAUGACCUCCACUGGCUGCCUGUCAAAUAUAGAAUCACCUUUAAAAUACUCCUCACCACCUACAAGGCACUCCAUAACCUGGCUCCACCCUACCUCUCUGACCUCCUCCAGCCACACGUCCCAUCCCGUUCCCUCAGGUCGAGUGAUGCCGGCCUCCUGGAGGUCCCCAAGACCAGGCGCCGAACCUGGGGCGACAGGGCCUUCUCCGUGGCUGCCCCCUCUCUCUGGAACGCUCUCCCCAGGCACAUCAGAGAUGCCCCCUCCCUCCCUACCUUCAAAACCACCCUAAAAACCCACCUCUUCACAUUAGCCUUUCCUAACUGACCCUGCCCUUGGUGUUUCUUUGU